UCCAGCCGGAUCCGUUGAGGACUAGGGACUAGGGCAGGAAUUCUGGAAGAAAUCUUUGCUCCUCCCUUGUGUGAUCGCGUGAUCGCGCUCAUUCUCCGCAUUCAGGUCUAGCUGCAUCGAUCGACAUCUAGGGUUUAGUGGAAUCGCGCGCUCUCGGGGGAUCGACAGAGAGAUUCUACGCGCUUCCAGGAUGAGCGCUGAUCCAGCAUUGGCGGCCGAGGCGGCCAAGGGCCCGGAGUUGAGCCAGGAUCCGCGAGCCAGCCGCGGGGGUUCGCUGUGGAAGCAGCGGGCCACAAUAUCGCUGAGGCGAGCCUCGCUGUGGAGGGAGGAAGCUAGCAGGGGCAAGGAUGAAGAGGCGAUCGUCGACAAGCCUCCUCCAGUAGCAGCGACUCCAGCUAAAAGACCUCUCAUGGAGGCUGAGGAUGAGCCCGAUUACUUUCAGCAGCUGGAAGAAGCUGUGAAGAAGAGAAAAUUGAUGGGGAUGAGAAUGUCGGAUUUGCCUCCACUUUUGAGCCCGGAAUCUUUGUUCACGAAAUCUAUACCUGCUGGAAUCAACCAAAGGGUUUACUGUCGAGCACCCUCCAAUCGAAUCGGAGUUUACUUCAGUCCGGAAACCAUGGAGAUGAGUGAAAUGCGUGCUUCCGAGAAGAUCAUGGAGAGCAGGCAAUUGACUUCAACUUCUUACGAGAAGCCAGUAUUUCCUACUGUGAAGAGGCCCGCUUGGAAGAACUCGGACACGAGGCCAGCGCAUUAUAACAGGUGCUAUGAUCCAGCGCUGGACUCUCCUUACUUUGAGUACACGCUGCCUUCGUAUCCACCAGUGCCAAGUCCUCCACGGAGACGAAAGUCCAAAGGUCUAGUUGGCUCUCCGGUUUUCACUCCUUACUUAACAGAAGACGAAGAAGAAGAAGAAUCCAGGAUAUCUUCUCUCAAGAGGAAUACUCCAGCUCUUAAGCCCAUUGGCUUGAUCAAUCUUGGGCAGCUCAACCCGAGGGUGGUGGAGAGUCCUCGAAGUAUGCAUACUUUGGCCGUCAGUGCUCCUCCGAUUCCGCCAAACAUGAUGAAAGUGGCUGAAGAUAUCUUGAGGUACCAGUUCUACGUUGAGAGUGGCGUGGACGAGCGUUUUAUCGCUCCGAUAAGAGAGAGGUGGACAAAACGGGCGGUUGAUAUGGUGGGGAAGUACGUCAAGAGGGGGCUCUCAGAACGGGUUAUUCAAGCUACUUUGCGGCGGGUUCUUGAAGAGGUUCAGCAUGAGUACCUCUUGAGCAUGCGGAAAGCCAUUGUGGAUUACGUAUUACAGUGGAACACUAACUCACCUGUGAAACGUUUUUGCACUCGUGAUUUACGUUUCAAGUCCACGUCUUGCAGGACGAGAAGGAGAGAAUACGACUGGGACUUACUGAGAUCGAGCAGAUUCUCGAAGUGGUCACGACCGGGUUUAUUGGGAAGACGCGGACUAUACAGAUUUUGUCAGCAGAAUGGAGGGAGGCUGUCUUAAGCGCACACG